CUUCGAAGUAUUUGGAAACCCUUCACUACAGCGAGCCAUGGACCCAGCUGGCAACUCGAUGGACCAGACACACACCGACGACGAGCGCUUGCGCCAAGUAGCAGCUUGCAUCCCGAUUGUGCCCUUUAAGGGAGUCAGUUUCUACGACAUUGGAGGCCUGUUGGCAAGUCCCGUCGAUUUUGCCAUCUGCAUGGACCUCCUCGUCGCGCACGUCGAGCCCUUCGCCAACCGCAUUACGUCAAUUGGAUGCUUUGACGCCCGUGGGUUCUUGCUUGGCCCAGUGAUUGCCAUGCGUCUCAAGAAGAAGCUGUUCAUGCUUCGCAAGCCAAACAAGAUGCCUCGGGUGUCCCAUUCUGUCCGUUACGGAAAGGAGUACGCUGGCGAUGACCCGAACGGAGGCGACGACGGUCUCUGCAUCCAAGAAGGCGCCGUUGUUGCGGGCGAUCAAGUUCUUCUCAUUGAUGAUUUGCUUGCAACGGGGGGCACGAUGGCAGCUGGAGUGGAUUUGGUCAAGCAAUGCGGUGGUCAAGUGCUUGCAUGUGGAUGCCUCAUUGAACUCGGCGUGCUCCAAGGACGACAGCGCAUUCUCAGCCGCCACCCUGGCACUACCAUUUUCCACCUAUUGUCGGAGAAUCUGUGGGCGGCGACAUCGUAGCAGUGGCGGACGGUGGAGCCCUCGUGGUCAUUGCAAUAUCCAGCCUCACUGGUGGAUGACACACGUCCAACACACUUGAUGGCGGCCCCAGAGUCGGGAACAUUAUCUUCACAUGAAGGACAUUGUAAACUGUUGGAUUCGUCACCAGCAAGAGCCUUGCAUCGUUGUUCGGAAGAGGCUUCAGCAGCAUUGAUUCAGGGCCCUUUGAUGUUGGAAGGUGCAACCCCUCGGUCCUCUCAUUGGGACGAGAUGGAACCAAUUCGGGCCUCACCGAAAAGGUAGUGUUAGCCGUGUUGAGAGGAGUUCCGUUCCUCGCUCCACGGUGGACGUCAUUGCCAUAUUGACCUGUUAGGGCUACUGCGAUCGUCGCAAUCUCGAACACCGAUAUGCAUCGUGGACAUUUGGUGGGGUAGCAAUACCAGCGUCCCUUCCACUCCAUCGAGCUUGUCUACCAAGUGGAGUUGAGCGUCCACGUGACAUCUGGGGCCGCCAUGCAUUCGCAUCACCAAGGAUACACAUGAUCCCUUCCAUGUAAGCCAGAGAUGAACACUUCGUUCACGGCAUAGACAUUCGAAUGUACAACGAGUGAGGAGGCGUGGAAACCUUUCUCCGUUUCAUUUCGUGCCCUCUCUCGUCUCCCUGUUUUGCACAACUUGCAGCUCGUGCCUUGUGCACACGGCAGCAUGUUUCGAGCAU